AUGCAGAAACGAAACAGCGACGUUAUAACCAUGUGGAUUCCUACUCCAAGCUUGACCGUGCUCCAGCGUGUGGUCCUCUAUGGGACUUGCGUGCUGGCUGUUUUGAAUUCCUUGGGUUUUUUGGUCAUUUUGGUGCAGCAGAACCAGCAAGCGACGCAACUGGAGAAACUGGAUAUGAGAUUAAGCAAUAUCGAGCACAGUUCAGUGGUGGAGUUUUUGCAAGAGGUGCCCAAAAGAGGAGGAGGUGGAGGCGGAGGAGGGGGGCAGUACAUGUAUUCGAGAAAUAAGCGAAGUGGUGGAGAGGAGGACGGGGUAGAGGAUGGGGUAGAGGAGGACCAGAUUGGGUCACAGGAGAUGGGGUACGAAGGGUCAGAGCAGGAGGUCAGUCAGGAGGUGGGAGAGGAGGCGCAGAAGAAGAGCAAACAUGGGGGGAAGAGGAAACAGAAGUAUCACCACGGUUACCACAAAGCUCACGUACAGGAUGACACAAUGAUGAUGAUGACUUACUCCAUGGUCCCGAUUAAGCUCUUGAUUGACAUUUGUAACAGCUCCAAGGGCGCCUGCAUCGCCGGACCGCCGGGACUUCCCGGUUUGCCUGGCACUGAUGGAAUGCCCGGGUUUAACGGCUCUGAUGGUAUCCCAGGCCUGAAUGGAACGCCCGGGGCUGAGGGGAGGAGAGGUAAAAGAGGGCCUCCAGGAGAGAAGGGCGACCCAGGGGAGAGAGGGGAGCCGGGCGAGCCUGGUCCUCCUGGAGAGAGUGGACCACCAUCCAAUGAUGUCAUCAUAGAAGGACCCCCAGGCCCCCCAGGUCCCCCUGGCGCUCCAGGUCCUGCUGGUCCCCCAGGUCCCCCAGGUCCUCAGGGUCCCCCUCGGAUCAGACACAACAGAGCUCAUCUCCAGGCCGCGCAGACUCUGGUACCAUUACAAUCCAAUACUCCAAAUGACGGCACUUCUCUGAAGGACGUGAUGAAACCAGCCAAGAAAAACGAGUGUCUGAUCAAGUCCCUGAUAAACUCCAGAGAGGUGUCUCACACAGAGAGCACCUUUGGGUCCUGGAUGAAGGACACGGCUCUGCUCCAUGAUGAGAGGAUCUGGGUGGCAGAACAUUUCUCUGGUCGAGUGGUGAAGGAGUACAAAAGCCUUGGUGCGUUUCAGAACAGCAGUUACACACUCGUGGAUGUGAGAAAGUUCUUCCAGGGCUGUGGUCACACUGUUCAUAAUGGAUCUCUGUACUACCACAUCGCCGGGACCCCCACCAUCGCCAGAUUUCACUUUGAGACACGAAGACUGCACAUUCUCUACAUCGAGAACGCUCUUUAUCACAACUUGUCCUACCUGCUGCAAAACUCAAAGACCUACUUCAAAGUGGCGACGGACGAGAACGGCAUGUGGCUCAUCUUCGCGUCCAGCGUUGAUGAUGUCAUAAUGGUGGGACAGCUGGACCAGAAGACCUUCUCCAUCACGUCCUACAUAAACACCACGUAUCCCAGAGCCAAAGCAGGAAACGCCUUCAUCGCGUGUGGGGUCUUGUACGUGACCGAUACGAAAGACAACAGAGUGUCUUUCGCGUUUGAUUUGCUAAAAGGGAAACCGGUGAAUGUGACCUUUGACCUGCGGCCUCCGGGAGGGGUCCUGGCCAUGUUGUCGUACAGUCCUAAAGACAGACACCUGUACAUGUGGGACAAUGGAUUUGUUAAACUCUAUGUGGUGCACUUUAUAUCUGAUGAGUGACAAAUCGAACAUUGACAUCUGCAAAACGUGCAAAAGGUGCAUUGUGUAACUUUUCUGGUGGAGGCUCCAUCAAACGCUUUUCAUCACGAGAUGUUAUUGCUUUGUCUGGAAUGUUCCACAGUAUGACAUUAAACCUUCCUAUC